GAGCCCGCCUGUGCAGGUAUGCAAAGAAGCCUUUUUACACAGAUGUCCUUAGAGAUAAUAUGGAUCAGUCCAGAGUUCUCCUCUGGGUGAAAGCAGAACCCUUUAUAGUGGGUGCCUUCCAGCUCCCCCCUCCAUCCAAGUUCAGUCUUCACUACCACAGGAAGAUAUCCACCUAUGUGCGAACCCGGGCCACAGAGGGAGCUUACCCACGCCUGUACUGGUCAACCUGGAGGCACAUUGCAUGUGGGAAGCUGCAGUUGGCUAAGGAUCUGGAAUGGCUUUACUUUGAAAUACUUGAUAGUCUUGCCGUGAAGACACCAGAAGAGCGCCUGGAAUGGUCUGAGAUUCUGUCCAACUGCACAUCUGAGGAUGAAGUCGAAAGGCAGAGAAAUCAGCUUUCAGUGGACACCCUACAAUUUCUGCUCUUCUUAUACAUACAACAGUUAAAUAAAGUCUCCCUGAGGACAUCUUUGAUUGGAGAAGAGUGGCCUAGUCCCAGAAACAUAUCUCAAUCUCCUGACCUGACUGAAAAACCCAGUUGUCAUAAUAAGAACUGGAAUGAUUACAGUCACCAAGCGUCUGUCUAUGAUCAUCUGUCAGAUCUCCUCGAGCUGCUUUUAGAUCCAGAACUACUCACUGCAUCAUCUCAUUCAACUAACAGUAGUCUGAUCUCUAGAGCUGUGGUGGCACUCGGUUUUCUUAUUGAAGGUGCAGUGAGGAGAACCAGGAAGAUAUACCCACUUCAUGAGCUUGCACUGUGGCAACCACUACAUGCAGAAAGUGGCUUCUCAAAGAUCUCUAAGACCUUUUCUUUAUAA